GAGAAGAGGAGGGGAGAAUAAGAGAGGAGGCCACUGAGUCCCAGCACCACUGCUUUCCUGAAGAGAGCCACCAUCAGCACGGGAUGCACCGUCCUGCUCCUGCUGCCUGACAUCCAGCACGGGAACACACACACACACACACACACACAUACAAAUAAACACACACACACACACGUCCAAGGACUCCCUUCUGGAGCUUACCGACGACUCAGCGCGGAGAGGCAGCAUUUUUACUGUCAUUUCUGAUGGACGACAUGACUUGGCUUUUGCUUGGUUGACUUUUUUUCCUUCUUCGUGCAGACAGUGUACUACAUGUAGUAGUAACAUCACGACUUGUGUACUGUAACUUGGAAAGCUUGGACAUUUUCGCAUUAAGUGCACUUAAGUCAGACUUCGUAAAGGAGCGUCGUCUCUCUGCUUAUAGCGGACGUUUCUCCUGUCCUCCCGCUGAUCGGAUCGUCGCCUUGUGCCUCCGCGCUUUUGGAUGUCCGCGCGCAGGCUUUGGCUGAGAGGAGCUCCCCUGCGUCCAGUGGAAGAGCCGAGCUGUUAUCUGUCCUUCACAUCACGCGCUAAUCUGGUGCGCUGAGUUUUAUCUCUGCGGCCCGUUCCCCUCAAUCCACAAUGAGAUUCAUUCCGUCACGAUUAAGUUAUCUAUUUCUUCACCUCUUUGCGUUCUGCUACUAUGCUCAGGUAACCAUUCAGUCCCCGCCUAAUUUUACACAGCAUGUGAAUGAGCAAAGUAGGGUGACGGACCGUGUGAGCCGGAGACUAAUUCGGACCUACCAGCUUUACAGCAGAACCAGCGGCAAGCACGUCCAAGUCCUGGCCAACAAAAAGAUCAACGCCAUGGCCGAGGAUGGAGACGCUCAUGCGAAGCUCAUUGUGGAGACAGACACAUUUGGCAGCCGAGUCCGAAUUAAAGGAGCUGAGACAGGACUCUACAUCUGCAUGAAUAGAAGAGGAAAGCUGAUUGGCAAGAGCAACGGUCAGGGGAAAGACUGCAUUUUUACGGAGAUCGUGCUAGAGAACAACUACACGGCUCUCCAGAAUGUAAAGUACGAGGGCUGGUACAUGGCGUUCACACGCAAAGGAAGACCCCGCAAGGGCUCCAAAACCAGGCAACACCAGCGGGAAGUCCACUUCAUGAAGCGGCUGCCCAAAGGACACCACAUUGCAGAGCACAGACCCUUUGAUUUCAUCAAUUACCCUUUCAACAGACGGACUAAACGCACCCGUUACUCAGGAGAGCGCUGAAGAGUGAAGCAGGAGAGAAGAGGGAGACAGCGAGGGAGAGAAAAAUACCAUCUCAGAUAAUGAACAGAAUCUCCUCUUAUGGACUCCUAAAACAGUUUUUGUACUGAGCAUUAAUAUACCUAACAAUUAGUUUGUUUUUUAAUGAUUUUUUAGAAAGAAAAAAAAACACUCUGCAAAAGAAAAAAAAAACAAGGAAAAAGAGAUCUAUUUUUGUACUCCAGACUUUUAGUACUGACCUGUGUAAAAUUUUAGGAAAGCGAAGCACAUGACUUGAGAUACAUGUCAGAUGGCAGAGCUGACAUAUUAGUAGUGUGUGGACUUCACCAUCUCUCUUUUUGGUUUUGUUUUGUUGUAUUUUGACAGUUUUAGAGUAAUUUAUACUCUUCAUAUUGCUGCUCAUGGGGACUUGAAGGGCCUGAGAGAAUGCACUGACAAAAGAAGGCUGUAUUCGGUUACACAUACAGCCAAGGCACCUCUCGACCACCCAGUGAUAAGACACCCAGCUCAUCUGAGUAACCUCUCUUGGUUCUUGGUUCUGAAACGUUCUUGAGAUAAACACAGUUAAAGCAAACACAGCUUUAAAUCCGUACAGAAUUUGUGGCAGCUACAUUUUGAUAAUCACAUGUUUCCUACCGUGGUUUCAGCUGUAAAUUCAAGGUGUAUAAAUGCAUUGUAAGAAACGUAGGAAAGCCUUUUUUGUUCUUUGUUGCAUUUUGUCUGUCUGUUUUUUAUACAUAUAUAAAUAUAUUUUUUAUUUGAGGAUGUGUAAAAUAAUUUUAAUGAUGGAAAUAUUUAUUUAAAAAUGUGUAAUAAAUUUACCUUAGAAUA